UCUUGCCUCCCACUUUGGUCGUCUGGACCGCUUUCAAGACGUUACGUCCCACUCUUUUCCGCCGACUGUUACGCCCGUAUAGGCUAAGGCAUCGACAUACGCGCGCGAUGCCCGCCGAUGUCGCUCAGGACGCUCUCACAUCCGCCGCUGGUGCGCGCGGCGCCGGCGGCAAGGUGCUAGGCGAUCUGUACAAAUCGACGGGGAAUGAGGCGGUCGACGCCCUCGCCUUCCUUCACAUGCUAGAGAGACUCAAGCUCGAGAAGCGUGCAGGCUGGGUCCGGGAAGGGGUGAAGAAGCCGGAGAGCGUCUCCGAUCACAUGUGCCGCAUGGCGAUCAUGGCCAUGAUGGUCCCGUCCACUGCUGAGCGGCCGCUGGACAUCCCACGCUGUGUCAUGAUGGCGCUGGUACACGACCUCGCCGAGGCCUAUGUCGGCGACUUUACGCCUCUCGAGAAUGUUCCGGGCCACGUCAAGGCGGAGCUUGAGGCGAAAGCCAUAGACUCGUUUCUGGACGAGAUGCUGUCUGGCGAUGGAAAUGCGCAGGCGCGCGCCCGCUUCCGCGCUCUGUGGGAGGAGUACGAGGCACGCGAAACGCCUGAGUCCAAGCUGGUCAAGGACCUCGACCGACUUGAACUCGCCCUCCAAGGCGUAGAGUACGAACGAUCCCAAGGUAUUGACACUUUGCACCCAUUCUUUGGCAGUUCCAUUCCGCACCUCGAGCAUCCAAGCAUACGGAAGUGGGGUGAGGCGCUUAUGGAGGAGCGCAAGGCGUUGUGGGAGGAGCGAGGGCGGGGUGAGGAGGAGCAGCGCGAGCUGAGAGGUGCGCGUGUUGGCGCUGCGACUGAUGCCAAGAAAAGGGCCAGUGGCAAGUAGGCUAGCGAUCGAGAAGUGAUCUCAAUUCAGCAUAGCAUGCCCUGCAUUACAUCUGUUGUAUCUACGGGCGUGAGCCAUUGAACAAUUAGCGUGCCGAGGCUGCCGGGGGAUUAUUAGGUGAUUCCAGCCAUGCGACACAUGGCUAUUAACUGAUCUGCGAUCUGCGAGAUGCAGACCAGGUCACCACAACACCCAGCGCGCGCCACCGACUUUGUGCAUGACGAUGGGUUGAUGGAUG